AGUCAGUGCGGAUCAUAUUGAAGCAUCAGUGGGACCUGUUUGUGGGGUGAAGCUACAAGUCAAUAUUUUAGAUUCUGCUCUUCACAAUUUCCUCCAUAUUUCCAAUUCUUUCACUGCGUCAUCACCUGCACAAACUGAGUUUGACUCGCUAGACUCUAGAUCGUGAAUCCGAUGCAAAGAUGUCUGUUGCGUACCGCUCUUCUACCGUGACAAACAUGGACACUGACAACAGUAGAGUUGGCUAUUGCCAACUUUUAGGAGAUGGCAGCAAGUUCCAGUAUUCAGUUCAUGCAUUGAGAAACAACCCCUUCAGGGCUGCUACAGUUGUUCUUGGGCUGCUGUGUGUUCUCCUGUUGGCUGUGGUCAUAGGUCAGAGUGUCCACUAUCAAAACGUAAAGCAAGACCAUCAAAACAACCUAAAAUCUGCAAGUGACGAGAAAGAGAAACUACAGGAGGAGUUAAAGACGCUGCAAAAGGAAAAAAAAACACUUGAGACCAGCCGUGAUGACUACGAGUACAAAAACACUAUCUUAACAAAGAAGAGAAACGAAAUACAGACCAAUAACAAUUUACUGAUGGAGCAAACAAACACACUUAAAAUGAGCCAAAGCCAGUUACAGGCCAGUAACGCUGCUUUCAGCAAAGAGAUAGAACAGUUAAAAGCCAGUAACAACCAGUCCGAGACUAAAAACAAGGACUUGUCUACUGCCAGAGACUAUUUACAAAAGCAAUUGGAUUUAGCGAUCAAACUCAAAAAUGACGCACUGACCAGCCAUGACACACUGACCAGAAAAAAUAACAAUUUACGGAACGAAUUAAAUAAUGUAACCAGAUUAAAAGACAAUCUGGAGUUGAGUUACACUGACUUGGUUCAGAAGGUAGAGCAUUUGCAGGACAGAUACAACUUUUCUAACGGUGAAAAGGAGAAGAUAGAAAGCAGUCACCAAAACCUGACGUUAUCAAAAGAAACUCUGCAGGCCUCUUACAACCUGCUGGUGAAAGUGACCGAUGAGCUGCGGGCUUCUCACACCUCCUUGAUUCAGGAAAAACAAGAUCUGGAGAGCAGUUGCAAAAUGAUGGGUGCGGAAAAAGACCUGUUGGAGGUGAAAAAUUACAACCUGACUCUUGAGAUAGGUGAAAUACAGGUGGAUAUUGAGAAACUGAAGAAAAUCACCCCAGCGAGGAAGUGCUCCAGUGGCUGGGCAAGCUUUCAGUACAGCUGCUACUUCACCUCUUCUAGCAAAAGCAACUGGACUGUGAGCAGAGAAUACUGCCAAAAAAAAGGCGCCGACCUGGCUGUCAUAAAAAGUCAAGCCGAAAUGCUCUUCGUCAAUGGCUUGUAUACAAGUGAAAAACAUAUCUGGAUUGGACUGACUGAUGAAGGAAUAGAGGGAGAGUGGAAAUGGGUAGAUGGGACACCAUUGACCACGACGUUCUGGGGCAAAGAUCAGCCCAACAGCUUUAACGGGAGGGAGCAGGACUGUGUGGAAUUCCAGCUGAAAGCGGAUGGGAAGAGCACCUGGAAUGAUGAGAAUUGUGAAAUAAAACAACAGUUCAUCUGUGAGAAGUAGUCUACGUGUUUGCAGGGGCGUAAUGGAAUAAAAUACAUAUUAUGUGAUCAAUUAUUACACAAUGAAAGUGAUGAGUAAUUGUAAAGUGAAAUUUAGUAGAUGACGUAUUUUAUGCUGAUAAACUGUUCUAUUUACAUGCCGUUGAAACAAAUAUGCGAGCUUGCUUUACAACGUGUCCUCUUGCACCAUACCAUACAAUGUUGGCUAUUUUGUAUUCAGAUAUGGCUUCUGCUAAAGGGAGUAUUAAAGCUCACACAUAAUCCUACAAACUGCAUCUAUAUUUUAUGUAAAUCAACACUUGUAAAAAAUGUUGCUUGAAUUGCAACAAAAAUGCUUCUUUGCUUAUUUUAUUAUCCUAUAAACAUAAUUCAAUGUUCAAAUAAAGUAAUUUACCUUUUGCCACUCGUUUAAUGAAUUACACAAAUACUUUACUGGGAGUUUGUUAAUAUGCUCGAGCAAUUUGGACACCUGAAGCUAUAAUUACAUUUUAUAAAACUUCAGUUCACAAUGUGUUUACCGUCUA